AUGUCCAAGCAAUUCCAGCCCAUAAGUGACGUCAUAAACACUUCUCCCAAAAACAAGGCCCAAUCAUUCAAUGAACUAUACGGUGAACCAGAGGAUUUUCUCGAAAUUGAAGUGCGUAAUCCGAUAACUCAUGGAUAUGGUAAUAAUCAAUAUACCGACUACGAAAUAAUCUGUCGAACCAAUAUCCCCGCUUUUAAAAAACGAUCAAGCAGGAUUAGAAGACGGUAUAGUGAUUUUCAGGCAUUCAGGAAAAUCUUGGAACAAGAAACUACGCGUGUUGUAAUACCUCCAUUACCAGGCAAGAUUUUGUUGAAUAGUAAUAAAUUUAACGAAUUAAAUAUAGAAAAAAGAAGACAAGGGUUGGAACGGUUUUUGAUUAUUGUAAGUGGCCAUCCUUUGUUGCAAACGGGGAGUAAAUCGUUGAUUGAAUUUAUUCAAAAUGAAAAAUGGGAUCCUAAACAAAUGGUAUAUUAA